GUGGCAUAUUUGAGUAGUUACCACCACGUGGAAAACGACAAAAACCGGUUUUAAAUUAAUGUGUAAUAAAUGUUGGAAAGUUUUAUUUCCUUAUUGAAGACAUUUUUAUGAAUAUUGAAUAUUAAUUAAAAGUGUCUUCAGAGAAAAUAAGUUGCAAUAAUAAAGUGAGUGGUGAUAAUGAUAAUAUUGAAUGAAUCAGUGACGGUCAGUGGGAGAAGAAGAAAAAAGUAAAAUAUAGUGGGGCGAAGUCACACGACGCAUGUUCAGCUUCAAUUCAACACAGGUGACUGUAUUCAAUAGGCAUUUGCACAGUGCUGCAGAAAGACACGUUGGUUGAUUAUAGUUUGCAUAAUCAAGUGCAAUUAUUCAUGACAUUGUCAGCUGAUUAUACUGUGUUAAUCAGUGAAUUUUAUAUACAUAUAUGUGACAUGUUAAUACUUUAUAUGUGCCGUGUUGAUUGUAGCUAGUCAGUGUUAAGUUUUAUAAUAUGUAUACCACGAAUUCGAACGAUCUUCAAGAGAUAUUUAGCUCUGUAAGGAAAGUGUAUUUGAAGAAACGGUCUAAAGGACCAAGCAUAGGGAGCAGAAGUAGUUUUUUCUUAUUGCGGACAGUUAAAGUUGGCAGAUCUAUAUGGGGCAAUGCGUAUCUCGUAAAGCGGGGGCUGUCAUCGCAGCAUCCGGCUACUCACCAUCUUAUAGAAUCAUGGACAAGCCCACCAAGAAUCAGAACGAUAACAAAGGUGCGACGAAAAGAGGUAUGCCAUAUACAAGAGGAACAGCCAUGUCCUUUGGAUUUCGUAGGAGACCAACAACUGGAAUUCCCGUGCCAGUGACAAAUUAUAACGCAGAGUCAAGUGUAAUCCAUCAAAGAUCAAAAUCAGCUGGUGCCGAGCACGAUCGAAGGCGUGAUGAUAAUUAUCAACAGGGAAAAACGCAAACAUCAUCAUCGGGACGUUCAACACCUCGACUGGCACCACCUAAAAAAGAAUCAUCCGGUUUAAAUAUUAGAACCAAUCGCUUUGGCUUCCGACACACACAAGCUAAAUUUACCGAUAAGGUUUCCGAUGUUUGUACAAGUCAUUUGAAUCAAGAUAAACAUGUCACUCAACAACCAAGUAUUCAACAACAACAACAGCAGCAGCAACAAUUACAACAACACGAUAAUUACAAUUUGAGACAAAGUAGAUCACCACACGCAGGUCCACCAAUUACAAAACCAAGACCCUCACCAGUUAAUCAUCCAUCUUAUAACAAUAAUCAUCUCUUACAAAAUGAUAGAAAAAUCUCCGGAAUACCAGAGCCUGUUAGUAAAUAUACAUUGCACACAAGUCAUUUACCACUUCCGCAAUAUGCCAUUAGAGUGAGUGACUCAAAUUCAAAAAUUGCCAAAACUGUCGCCAAUCAAAGUCGAAAGGUCUCGACAAAUUCAAGAGGAUGCUCCAGUUCGAAAGAUGGUUCCGGUACCGAGGAUUCAGGUGUUGGUAGUCAUCAUGGAUAUUCAGAUGAGCCGGAUAUGGCGCGUGGUUUAGAUAUUAUUGACAGUAGUUCAGCAGCAAGCAAUAGACGUCACGUGAGACCGCGAAAUUUAAGAAUGGUUGUCUCGGGAAAGAGUUUUGAUGUACGAGACGUUGAUGACGAUAGUACAGUGACAGAAAUUUCUGUAAUUCCUCUACCAAAAUCAUUUGCAACACCUAAUAUCAAUACAGGAUUAGUGAGAGAGAGAACAACGCAUUAUCAAAGAAUUCUCAACAAAGACAAUAGAUAUACUGAAUCGACAACGUCAAUGUCAACAACAUCAUCUGAAGGUUACGAUGACGGCCUAGAAGAGAAGGUCUAUAAAGACAGAUCACAUUCCGAAAAAAUUCCCUCCAUCAAAUCUGAUUUUAGUCCACCAAGUUCUGAUGAUCCAGAAUAUGGACAUGGCGAGGCAAUGGCUGAUGAAUAUUCAUUUAGUUCAAGUGACGAAUGUCAAAGGAUAAAUUCCACUGAGCAUUUGAAAACAAUUUCUAAUGCAGCGAAAAAUGGAACUUUGCCUAAAAAUGCAUUGCGAUCGGUAUUAUUGACAAUUGAAGAUCCUGCAUUUGCGGCUGUUGCUGCCACAGCGACAGCGCUUAUUGAUGAUGAAACAUCACCGGUUGAUAGUUUAUUUGAUAGUCCAACAGUCAGUAUUACACAAUCUGAUGGCAAAACAAAGAAAGAAGGUGAUAAAUCAUUAAAUGGUGUCGAUGAUGAUAGUCCAGGAACACCGACAAAUGCUUCUAAUUCAUUGAGUUUAUCCGAGGGUAGAGAAUUUUUUGAUGACGAAAUUGAGGAUCAACCGGGAUUAAUUUUUGAUGAUACUGGACGAGUGCCAAUUGAAAAUCGAUCAAGAACUAGCAGUCAAGCACACACGGAGAAUAGUCAAACUUUAAUUGAGUCUACACCUAAAACAGUUUUGAUACAACCCAAAAGUGUGGAAAAUAGUCCCAUGCGAAUGCGUCGAGUAACACGAGCAGGAAGUAUAGAUACUUUAUCUUCAUGUGAAUCGAUUGCAUCUGAUGAUUUAAUGUUAGAUUAUGAAAGAAGUGAAGCUAGUUCUUAUGGAGACACUACACUUAGGAUUCAUUCGUCGCAUAAUGACGAGGAUGUCAACGAGCUAUUAGAUCUGGAAGUACAAAGUCAAGAAGUUAUGAGAGAAUGGACUUCACUGUUGGGGGCGCAUCAUAUUAAUACCACUAAUAACAACGCUAAUCUUGGCAUCAAUAAUAAUAAUCCCACCACGGAUACGGGAAUUACCAAUAGCAGAACGACGAGACUGUUAAGAAAUAGAUCGGGAGCCGAUUCUCCAAAAUCACUGGAUAGUACAAGAUCGCGACAAGUUUUCAGUCCCCUUCGACCCCCUAGAAAUGUUCAAUCGCCAGGCUUGGAUUCCGGUGAUGAAGGAAGCCUCCGACUGGAACGUGGGACUUAUCAGCAUAUGUUUCAGGACAUUGUCUCCAUUAAGACUAUGCUCUUGAAAUUAAAAAGGGUUCUUCAGGAGUCAGGAGAGAACGGUUUGACGAGGGCUGAAACUCUCAACCCAUUCGAUAAUUCAUUAAAGAAUGGUCUCUUCUACAACCUGAAUGAGGAUGGAGCGACUGAUGAUAAUACAAACGCUAGCAAUGUUAAGGAUAAAGAUGAAAUUGUUGAUUUAAGAAGGCAAGUGAUAUUCUUGCAAGGACAAGUUGAUGAUAAAGAGCGCACGAUACAAUUGCUUCAGUUGCAAAUGACAAAACAUCAGGGCGUGAAUGGUGUUGACCCUCAAGUAAAAUAUUCUUUAAAUCAAUGUCGAGCUAAAGAAACUUGUAAUGCGGCCACACAAACAGAGAAGAUACGUCCAGUGUCUGCGGGACCUGCGUUAUUACAGUCACUUCCUCAGGAUGGAAACAUGGGGCCUCUCGUUAGCCAUGUGGGUUGGAGUGACUUGGGCAUCCAACAGAACGGAUCAUUAAUCCCCGAAUUUAAUGAUAAUAAAUUACAAAAGUCAUCUACCGUUCGGAUGUUGCGCUCAUCAAAGGAAUUCGCAGCACAUCGAACAAUUGGAUAUCCAGUGACAAAUAAUUAUGGUUCAAAUAAAACAUCGUCGAUUGAUAAUUCAACUAUUAAAUCCGUCGUAUCAGAGAAUAUUAUCAAAAAUUGUCCCAUUAAAAUAGAAAGCACUUCGAUAAAAUCAUCCAUACCAACAACAAGAAGAUUAGCAACACCAACCCUUAUACCAAGAGUAGCGAGAGCAGUUUCUGCGACGGGACGCUUAUCUACUUUGGAUUUAGGAGUAAAUUACACAAAUUAUAAUUCACCUUCGACAAAUUUAAAAAAUUCCAUUUCAUUUACUUCAAAAAUCAAUUAAUGUAAGUACAAUUUUUUUAGUGUAUUGUGUAAAAAGAAAAAAACAUUUAGUCACGUUUUUUCUAUAAACAUUAUGUUCUUCAAUUUCUAGGAAAAAAAAUAUUAAACUCGAAAUAAAUUUAAGUUUCUAGUAUUAGUAAAUUACUCCUAAAUUCAAAUUUGGGAAUUGUAAAAUUCGAAUAUUAAUUUUUUGUUAAGUAAUUUAAUAUACAUAGAUGCAUUUUAAUGCGUUCAUUACAAUAUGUACAAUUGUGCAGAUUCAGCAACAUAAUUCUUAGUUAAAUGAAUUUAAAUAUAAUGAAAAAGGAAAAAAACUAAGAAAAUACAUUAUAUACCGCUCUUAGUAUUUGUAAUUAAUUUAUUUCAAAUGUUUGUCGAAAUUUUGUCAACGACAUCAUUAAUUAUUUUCGUAUAUAGAUAUUCUUUUUUUUUAAUUGUAUUUAGAAGAAAAAUGCAUUUAGUUAAAUUAUUUUCAUCUCACGAUAUGAGAAAACUAUUUAAUCGAGCGGUCUUUUUAAAGUUUUUCUUUAUUAUUGUGAUACUAGAUUAUAAAUUACUCUUAGAUUUUUUUUUUUUUUUGGCGAAAUAAUUUAUUUAAAUUAUUCUUUUCUUUUUUUCAGAAAAAAAUUUGUUUAAAAAUACUUGAAUUUUUCCGAAUUUUCGGUAAUUUAUUAUAUAGGUAUAUAUAGUUUCUUUUUAAAUUAAAUGAAAAUUCGGCAAACUUAAAGUUUAAAAAGAAAGAAGAAAGUGACAGGAUUAAAAUCUUUGUGCAAUAUUUUUUUUUCUAUUUUGAUCGCUCGAUUUAAAAUUAUCUGAUUUUUUCAUUUGCAAAUCAUCGAUUUUUGUAAUUAAGUUUCGAGCUUUUUUGUAUCAUAGUUUAAUUUUUUCGUGUAUUCGUCGCUGAAUUUUUUUUCUGGCGAUUAAAUGCAUAUACUCUACAGUAUUUUAAGGUGUAUCUUAAUAAAUUUCAAGAUGCACUUUCAAUAUUUACCUAACUGACAAAAAAAAAAAAAAAAAACAAAAAAAAAACAAAGUUCUAUUAGUUUCUAAGUCAAGUCAGUAGAUUUUGUUUAUUUUUGUAAAUUAUUUAAGCAUCUGAAAUGAGAUCAUACAGGUAUUAUUGGUGCUAAUUUAGAAAUGAAUUGCGCAUUGUUUUCUACGACUGUAAGUACUUUCAGUAUCACUUGUUUCAAAAUUUUUUCCAUUUCUUUGCAAAAAAAAAGUACAAAAAUAUUGUGUUUCAAAUUGUUAAUUUUAAUUAACUGCGUAAAUUUCAUAUUUGGUUGAUAAUGCUUUUAAACGGAAAAAGGCCUCAAUUAUUUUAUGAAAUUAUAAAAUUUGCAUCUUAUUUUUAUAGUUUAAAAUUACAUUUAUUGUAUACAUUUUAUAUUGACAGAAGAAAAUUAAAUGUCAAAUGAUUUUUGUGUUGUAAACUUUUGCAAAAUGAUUAAAUUAUUGUAAUUUUUUUUUGAAUUUUGGUUUACAAAAGAGUUAAUAAUUAUUCUCGUCUAAUGUCCAAAAAGUUUAUUUCAUAAUACACAGUAUAUGAAAAAUUUGUUUUAUUAUUUUAAUUUAUAAAAGCCGUUCUACCGCGAAAAAAUAAUAAGAGGGCUAAAAAAAAUGUAAUUAUAUAUUAAUGAUUUUAUAUAAAAUUUUCAAUGUGACAAAUCAAAAUUUUUAUUUCAUAUAGUAUAUCGUAUAUUUACACAAUAUGUGAAUAUUUAAUAGAUUGUGAUAAUUAGAAUUUCAUUUUAUUAUUUUAAGUAAUAUAUGCGAAAAGAAGAAUGUAAUAAAACAUGAAAAAAACACAUUAACUCGCAAAAAAUAGAACUGUACUUUCUUAGUGUCAUUUGACAUUGAACUAAUGAUUUUCUGCGAAUAAAAUAAAACAAGCGUAUUUCAUCGUACUUAAAUCGUUUUUACGUUAAUGCUUCAUAAAUGAAAAAAAAUUAAUUUGUACAGUUUGUAAAUAAUUGUUUUUUUAUUAUUUCGAUCAGGUAAAAUAAAACUGAUCUCGUCUAAA